AUGGACAUCAAAACGCCAAAGACGGUAGCAAGUGAGCAGCAACUGCACCGUUUGGUUAGCGUGGGUGAUGGAACGGUCCAAAGCCUCACGGUCGGAAGUCCACCCGCCAAAACACAGUUCACGAAGUGGAAUAUUGUCGCCUUCGCCUUUGUGAUAUGUAACAGCUGGGCCGGCGUGGCAGGCAGCAUCCAGUUGGCCCUCUUACAAGGCGGGCCUGCCACUCUCAUCUAUAGCAUCAUCAUCUCUUCAAUCGCCUACAUGAGCAUUGCCAUCUCGAUGGCAGAAUUGGCGAGCGUUUAUCCGACCGCAGGGGGACAAUAUCAUUUCGCCUCGAUCCUCGCGCCGAAGAAAAUGAAACAAACUAUCUCUUACGCCUGUGGUUUGCUGUCCAUCCUCUCAUGGAUCGCCAUCGGUGCAGCCGUGACAAUUAUCCCUGCCCAGCAGAUUAUGGCUUUGGUGGCGGCUCUGAACCCCGGAUUUGAGACCAAGGAGUGGCAUGUCUUCCUCAUCUACCAGGGCAUGGCUCUUUUUGUCCUUGUUAACAACUUGUUCGUGCUGAAAAAGGCGCCGUGGACUCACAAUAUUGGGUUCGCUCUCACGUUGGGCUUGUUUCUGGCCAGCUUCAUCGCUCUGCUGGUUCGUUCAUCGCCAAAGGCUCCAUCGAGCUUCGUCUGGGCCACCUUCAUCAAUUAUACGGGAUGGGCAGAUGGAGUGUGCUUCAUCAUUGGCCUAUCCACGUCGUGCUUUAUGUACAUCGGCCUGGAUGCCUCGAUGCACAUUGCCGAGGAGUGCAAGGACCCGAGCCGAACGGUGCCCAUGGCCAUGGUCACUGCAGUGACCAUCGGCUGCACGACGGCUUUCGCCUAUACAGUUGCCCAACUCUAUGCUUUAACAGAUAUCGAGGCUAUCCUGACCACUACCGAAUACGUACCUUGGGUUGUGGUAAGACAAGGUCUUCGAUCCACGGCCCUCGCCGUGGCAUUCAUCAUCGUUGCCAUUAUCAUGUCCGUGUUCAUCCUCAACGCCAUCCAGGAGACGUCGUCCCGCCUCGCCUGGUCCUUCGCCCGCGACAACGGCCUCGUCUUCUCUUCCAGGCUAUCCAGAAUCCACCCGACGCUGCAGGUGCCGGUCUACGCUCUCUUUCUGACAUAUGGAAUACUGGUCGUGUGUGGCUGCGUCUUCGUCGCCUCGACUACGGCCUUUAACGCGUUGAUCGGCUCCUCGAUCGUGCUGCAGGAGAUCUCCUUCCUCAUCCCCGUCGCGCUCCUCAUCUACCGCCGCCGAGGGCCGAAAUAUCUGCCCCCGACUCGCUACUUCGCGCCACCGUCGGCAGUCGGGUGGAUCGCGAACGUCAUCGUGGUCGCUUUCUCCCUCAUCACGACCGUCUUCUUCAAUUUCCCUGUCUUCCUGCCCACUUCGGCGACGACUAUGAAUUACACCUGCGUCAUCCUGGGAAUUGCCCUACUGCUGGGCGUUAUGAACUGGUUCGCCCACGCGCGGAAGCAUUAUCAGGGCCCGACGAUCAAGUUUGAAGGAGAGGACGACGGCCACGGCCGGUGGGCUGAGAUUGUCGCCAUGUGA